AUGACGAACUCCCCCUUUUUCCGUCUUAAUCUACUGCCCCUGUCGCUAUUUUCGCUGCUGGUAUCAGGACUUACAGGAGCUGUUCCAGCACCACAUCCUGAUUCAACAGACUAUGAAGGGGUUGUUCCUGGAAGCCUUGGAGAUGCUGGUUCGGACGGAUCCACGGGUUCAUCUGGAGCAGAGGGCGGAUCAAUCAAGAUACCAAAAGGCGGCCUAAUAGCAAUCAUCAUCGUGGUGGUAAUUGUUGUUAUAAUUGGAAUAACUACCGGUAUCCUUUUCUACCAAGCAAAGCGGAGACAAUGGACAAUGAGAGAAACGAUGCGAUACUCAGUUCGCAAGGUCGCCGAAUCCAUCAAAUCUCCAUUGACGCCCACAUUCAGAAGCCGUGGUCAAUACCCAAUGACCCCCGCGGGAGCCAAGGCAGUGGCAUCACGGCAACCCAAGUCCUCACUACAGCCCAAAAAUCCAAUGUCUCACUAUCAAAACCGCCUGGCUAAGCCGACUGAUCAAUACCCGCGUGUGGCUGAGGGAGAGAAAGGACGCAGUGGAAAACCAGAUUUUAAUUUCUCCAAGCUUCUUUCAUCCAAGGACAGUAGAUGA